GCGGCCGCCGCUCGCGGCUCGAUCGGAGCACCCCGGGGGGGAGGGCAGAAUGGACGGGGCCGCGGGGCCGGGUGAGGGCCAGGCUGGGGGCUUGGAGCCCCCCGGAUCAGACAUCCUGGGGGCCUUAAAUCAGAGGCUCCGGGUUCAAGAGGAGGAGAUGGAGCUGGUGAAAGCUGCCUUGGCGGAAGUCCUGCGGAGACUCAGGCUGCAGGAGGGGACCCCAAGGUCACUCCUGGGAGCUCCAGCUUCUCCCGUCUCUGUGCAGGCAUCCAGGGAGGCUGCCUCAUUUAGUGACAGUGGCCCCCCGGCCCCUCCAGGGUUGCCACCUCCACCCAGGCCUUCCUUGGUGAGCAGGGGCACCCAGACGGAGAUGGAGCCUGAGUCCAAGCUGUCUUCUGGCCCCUUAGCCUUGAGCAAUGGGCCCCCAGCUCCUCCUGCGGGUGGAGAGGAGGAGCUGGGAGGUGUCCAGUCCGAAGGAGGUGGAGGGAACAGCAGUGGCGCUGGUUCUCCUGGCCCUCCUGGGGCCCUGCGGCCCUUUCAGCUCCCUCAAAGGGGGGACACGCCUCGCCGGAAUUCCUCCUCUUUCUCCUCCCCUUCUGAACGGCCUCGCCAGAAGCUCUCCAAAAAAGCGGCUUCGUCAGCCAACCUGCUGCUGCGGUCGGGCAGCUCCGAAAGCCGAGGAGGGAAAGAUCCAGUCUCCAGCCCUGGAGGCCCUGGUUCUCGGAGGAGCAAUUAUAACCUGGAGGGCAUCUCGGUGAAGAUGUUCCUUCGGGGUCGGCCUAUCACCAUGUACAUUCCGUCAGGCGUCCGCAGUCCUGAGGAGCUGCCCAGUGGCCCACCCCCGGAAAACCUCAGCCUGGACUGGGUUUAUGGGUACAGGGGCCGAGACUCUCGUUCCAACCUAUUUGUACUUCGCUCUGGGGAAGUGGUUUAUUUCAUUGCCUGCGUAGUGGUGCUGUAUCGCCCAGGAGGAGGCCCGGGAGGCCCUGGCGGUGGGGGCCAGAGACACUACCUGGGGCACACGGAUUGUGUUCGCUGCCUCGCUGUCCAUCCUGAUGGUGUCCGAGUAGCUUCUGGCCAGACGGCAGGGGUCGACAAGGAUGGCAAGCCCCUUCAGCCAGUGGUUCACAUCUGGGAUUCAGAGAAACUACAUAAGCUACAGGAGAUCGGCCUUGGGGUGUUUGAGCGAGGAGUUGGGGCCCUCGCCUUUUCUGUCUCGGAUCAGGGCAACUUCCUUUGUGUGGUGGAUGAUUCUAAUGAGCACAUGUUGUCCGUCUGGGACUGGAACCGAGGCGCCAAGCUGGUGGAAAUCAAGAGUACAAACGACUCUGUCCUGGCCGUUGGCUUCAAUCCCCGAGACAGCAGUUGUAUCGUCACCAGUGGGAAGUCCCAUGUCCACUUCUGGAACUGGUCUACUGGAGGAGGGGCUCUGGGCAGUGGGGGACUCACCCGGAAACAGGGUGUCUUUGGGAAAUACAAGAAGCCCAAAUUCGUCCCCUGCUUUGUGUUCCUUCCCGAUGGAGACAUCCUCACGGGGGACUCAGAAGGAACCAUCCUCACCUGGGGGCGGAGCUUGCCUGACUCCAGGACCCCAGGCAGGGGUGGGGCUAAAGAGACGUUUGGCAUCGUGGCUCAGACCCGAGCCCACGAGGGCUCCAUCUUCGCUUUGUGUCUGCUGAGGGACGGGACUGUGCUGAGCGGGGGUGGGAGGGAUCGCCGGUUGGUUCAGUGGGGGCCUGGGCUCACUGCCCUCCAGGAGGCUGAGAUCCCAGAACAGUUUGGAGCUGUCCGGGCCAUUGCCGAAGGGCUGGGGUCAGAGCUGCUGGUGGGCACGACGAAGAAUGCACUGUUGAGGGGAGACCUGACUCAGGGCUUUUCCCCUGUUAUCCAGGGUCACACUGAUGAACUCUGGGGUCUCUGCACUCACCCCUCCCUGAACCGCUUCCUUACCUGUGGCCAUGACCGACAGCUCUGUCUGUGGGAUGGAGAGUGUCACGCCCUGGCCUGGAGCCUUGAUCUCAAGGAGACGGGUCUCUGUGCUGAUUUCCACCCCAGUGGGAAGGUCGUGGCUGUGGGACUCAACACUGGGAGGUGGCUGGUUCUGGACACAGAGACCCGAGACAUUGUGUCAGAUUUCACUGAUGGUAAUGAGCAGCUCUCAGUUGUCAGGUAUAGUCCAGAUGGGAUGUAUCUGGCCAUUGGUUCCCACGACAACACGAUCUACAUCUACAGUGUGUCCAGCGAUGGGGCCAAGUGCAGCCGGUUUGGCCGAUGCGCGGGGCACUCCAGCUUCAUCACUCAUCUAGACUGGUCCAAAGAUGGCAGUUUCAUCAUGUCCAAUUCUGGGGACUACGAGAUCCUCUACUGGGACGUGGCAGGGGGUUGCAAGUUACUGAGAAAUCGGUAUGAGAGCCGGGAUCGCGAGUGGGCGACCUAUACAUGUGUCUUGGGUUUCCACGUGUAUGGCGUGUGGCCGGAUGGAUCCGACGGGACAGACAUCAACUCCUUGUGCCGCUCCCACAAUGAGCGAGUGGUCGCCGUAGCCGAUGACUUCUGCAAAGUGCACCUGUUUCUGUAUCCGUGCGCCCGGGCCAAGGCUCCCAGCCGAAAGUACGGAGGCCACGGCAGCCACGUCACCAGUGUCCGGUUCACUCAUGACGAUUCUCACCUCAUCUCACUGGGAGGAAAGGAUGCGAGCAUUUUCCAGUGGCGCAUGCUGGGUGGUGGGGGCCCUGGCCCAGCCCCCCCCACGCCCUCCCGCACCCCUUCCCUCUCCCCUGCCUCCUCGCUGGAUGCCUGACCCCACUACGACUAGAUGGAGUGGGUGGGUUUAGAGGGUGCUUUCCCCCCUACCUCCCGUUGCCCCCAUCCCCGUCCCAAGGACCAGGAGCCUCUUCUCCCAACUUCGUUACAUUCCGUGCCUUCUCCCGGGCGAGGAGGGGCGUUGGGACUCCCCAACACUGUACAGAACCGCAGGCUGAGCCGAGCAGCCCCCGCCCUCCUCCCAGACCCUGCAGCAGUGCAGAGGCAAUAAAACAGAGGCAAAGUCCC